AUGGCAGGCACCAGCUCGACGGUGGAAAUCCUUCCUGACCGUCUGUACAUGCACUUGUCGGACGAUGAUAUAGGUCCAGUGCUGCCCCACACGACGUACUUGAACGUUAGCCCUGACGUGCUCGUGUAUAUCAACUACUUUGACGACUUUGGACCUCUGCACCUUGGCCAUACCUUUCGGUUCUGCGCAGUACUUUCAGACCAACUCACGGCAGCCAAGACGGCCCACGUGCAACUACAUGUCCUUGUGUCGUCGACAGAUAUCCAUGCCCAAGUCAACAUGGUGUGUUUAUUAGCGUGUUGGGGAGUUCUGUACAACCGCCAAGCACCCGAGUCGGCUGUCCAGCCCUUCCGCCACAUGAACCUCCCAUCCUUUCACGAUGCUACCGACGAAGCAUGUCCGUUUCAAGUUGCUGUCGUCGACGUCGUUCGCGGCUUCCAUCGAGCGCUUUCCCUGCAGUACACAUGCCGUCAAUCGUUUAACGUUGCCGACUACCUCCACUACGAAAAGGUGGAACAUGGCGAUUUGAACUGGAUCAGUCCAAAGUUCGUCGCGUUUGCUGGGCCCCAAGACGUGGCAACACCUGACGCGACCACGCACCCGCCGGGUUUUUUCAUUCCGAUGUUCAUGAAAGCGAAUGUGACGCUCGUGGUUCGACUAAACGAGGCGCUGUACGACCCGUCGCCGUUUCGAAGCGCGGGUAUUGCCCAUUUGGACUUGGGGUUUCCCGAUGGAGCCAACCCCCCGUCGGCUAUCCUAAGGCGAUUCCUCGCGGCCUGCGAAGCCACGCCUGGCGCCGUCGCAGUGCACUGCAAAGCUGGCUUGGGACGCACGGGCACGGUCAUUGGAUGCUACAUGAUCAAGCACGACGGGUUCAAAGCCAAAGACGCAAUUGGAUGGCUACGCUUGUGUCGCCCGGGCAGCGUCAUUGGUGAACAGCAAGACUACAUGCUUGACAUGGAGCGCAAGAUGAUCAAGGCCGCCGCCCCGCGACACGUCGUCAGGACCACAAGGACAACGCCGCAGAAACGAUCGCUUUCGAUGGCGGCAGAUGCCUCUCGGGAAGUGAAAAACCAAGGCGACCGGCUGCUGGUUGCCAAGCGCAGGCAUAUCAAAGACCGAGCUAACGCGACUGCAUCGGAGGCAGCUCAUAUUGUGCAGACCAUGUCGUCUAGAUAA